ACUGUACCAGCCUCACUUCUUCUAUCUGAUUUGGAUAUACCCGGCGUACGACAUCUUCGUUCAUAUCUUGCGGCUCUAUAUCUAGUUAUGCUGAAACCCUGCUUCAAUGGCGGACCGAUGCGAACAUAAACCUAUAAUUGGUUGUGCUUUGACCGCGCUUCCAGGAUGUUGUGCCUGUGCAGACAAGAGACCGAUGGCGACUGCCUAUCCGGUCUAUAUUGAUGGUCAAGGGAUGCGGCUUCAAGGCAAGCGCUGGCAACGUUACUGCUGGAAAUGUCGCGAUUAUUGGAAUUUACAGUCACAGUCUACUCAAUCACCCUCGCUUUCCAUGGAUUCUCGGCACAGAGACGUGGACAUAUCCGGUGGUAGCAAUCAGUCUGAAGCAUCAAACGAACGCAACGUGAACCGCCUUUAUAAUCUGCCAAAUGCUCCACUUCCAGCGCUGACAUCUUGGUCCUUCGAGGGAGUACCUGGUUCUCAGCAACCCAGAUCCCAUGACCCAUCUCACAGUUCAACGCCUCAGUCUACAAAUGCCGGUAGCAGUCCCUUCACCGGACCGUCAGCGACCAACGUGCAGCGCGACCUUGCCAUUCGGACCAAUGAAAGCCGGAACAGACCACAUCCACAAGAGAAUCAGCCAUCUUCUGACAUCACGAACCCACCACCCGAGACAACUGGCCGAAGGCGGCGAGCGAUAGUCAACCCGUUCGGCACAAGAGAGGAAAUCGAGUCGGAAAGCUAUUCAAGCCCAGUCGCAGAUUUGUUCGGCAGAGCAUGGAAUCGCUAUAGAGAGGCUCAGGAGGCUCUGCAAUCAGCACGAGUUCGUGCGGAAGACGAGAGACGGAUAGCGGGAGAUGUCAACAUUUUAAGUACCCGGCCUCCAAGCUCCGACACCCCAGAUUUUGAGAUGGCCAUGGCUCUGCAUCGCUCGAGGGAAGACUGGGAUGAGCACGGCGUCUUCAUGACCUUUGAGAAUCCAUUCCGACAACGCCAGCGUGAGAACCCUCAUGCCCAUCCUGGAGUCAAUCCUAUUGACCAGCAGACCUCACGGCCGCCGCCAUUGGAAAGUGAGGAUAUGACAGUCAGCCUUGCGUGCAAGAUAUGCUGCGAGCAAAAGGUCGACACUCUCUUGGAACCGUGCAUGCAUGUGGCGAUAUGCCAUUGGUGUUCCGAGCUGGUGCGCGAUCGUGCUCGCCGCCGGCGACAACGCCAUUAUGGCCCAACAGAAGACGAGGAUAAAUGGAAAUGUCCGAUAUGCCGCCGUGAUGUUACGCAGUCAAGAAGAGUAUACUUGCCAUGAUUUUUCUGGACGGCCAUUGUUGAUUGCGCCAUCUUGUUUGGAUCGGCAUGGUUUGGCUGGUUUGUGGGUUCCUUUGUGAAGACUCGAGGAUCCGCGUUUGGCGUUGCACUUGUCUAGGAAGGUCGCCGCAUUACAUGGCAUAUGUGAAACUUGGCUACCGAAAGCGAGACUGUGUGCCAGCCAGGCAGGGUUUCACUAUCAAGAGGCUUAGUGGAAUAUUUCUACCUGGGUUAGCUAGAAAGCAUCAAAAGACAGAAUGAGAAAACACCAUAUCACUGCUCACAA